AUGCCUUCCAACUCGUACCCUGAGCUCGGCGACGCCAACCAACAACUGCCGUCGUUUUACUCGCCGCUCCCGUCCCCCGCAGAUGCUCCCACGAGGAACCGCCCUGAUCAGCGUCUUCACGAACCGCUCGAUGAGCUAUCCCUCACCCACAGCGCCGACCCGCGUGCCACAGUCCCCGACGCCAAUGCGACGCAACCGCCUCCGCCGUCGCUGCUCUCCCCCGCCUUCACCCCGCCGCAAACCCCCGGGACACAAACCCCAACGACGGCCGCACCACGCGGUGUUCCCGUUGACAGCUCAAUCCCCAACGGAGGAUGCGGCAACAAGCGACCCAAGCUGCUCCAGGCGUUGCCCGAGGUGCAAUGCAUCGUCCGCGCACGCAUCCCGACCGUCUCCGGCACCGAAAUGUUCCUGCAUCUCUACACCAACAACGUAGACAACAAGGAGCACCUGGCCAUCGUCUUUGGCAAACACAUCCGAAGCAAGAGCCUAGACGCCCCUCGUCAGGGCGAGACAGAAAUGGACCGCAUGAUUCGCGGCGCCUAUACCGGCAGAUUGUACCCCGGCCGAACGACAAGUGGCAUCGAGGCCGCGCAACACCGACCUGCCACUCCGUCCUCGUCGUCCAACUCCGCCUCUGCCACCCAGCCGCCAUUGGUGCGCAUCCACUCGGAAUGCUACACGGGGGAGACGGCCUGGUCCGCGCGGUGUGACUGUGGCGAGCAACUCGACGAAGCCGCUCGACUGAUGGGUCUUCCGGGCCAUUCCUCCGGCGGCAUCAUCGUCUACUUGCGCCAGGAGGGACGCGGCAUCGGCCUCGGCGAAAAAUUAAAGGCGUAUAAUCUGCAGGAUCUGGGGUCGGAUACCGUAGAGGCCAACCUGCUGCUACGACACCCUGCCGACGCGCGGAGCUACGGACUGGCUACGGCCAUGCUGCUGGAUCUCGGGCAAACCGAAAUCAAACUGUUGACAAAUAACCCGGAUAAAAUCAGGGCAGUCGAAGGUCCCAACAGGGAGGUUGUGGUCAGGGAAAGAGUUGCCAUGGUGCCAUUGAGCUGGAAAGGUAAGAAGGGCUUUCAAAGUGACGAAGUGCAGGGCUAUCUCAAGACAAAGAUAGAAAAGAUGGGACACAUGCUAAGUAUGGAUGGGUCGUAG